AUGGGACGACUGAUCGACGAGGACGAAGCCAUCGCAACAAGAAAUCUCAAAGUCUGCUGCAUCGGAUUGCCAAGUACAAGCCUAGCAAUCGCCCUCGAAAGUCUUGGCUACCGAACAUACCAUGGCUUCGAAUACGUCAGGAAAGGCAGAAGAGAUAUGGAUCUCUUGCUCGAGGCUCUGACGCUUAAAUACACGCCAGAUGCAUACACUUGA